CCACUUCCUCGGCCCGCAAUGGAAGUCUUGUCCCAGAUCCAGGCAACGGAAAGGCCAGGGGACCUUCCUGGUCAAUGUCCCGCUUUGGCCCAGUCUCCUCCCUCCGACUCCACCCCACCGGGCACCCCUGUUAUAGGCUGGCCGGUUGCUUUCCUAAGGAGUGACCCAUUCAUGCCCCAAGGCAAGGCCAGAGAGGACCACUCCAUCCCGGCAAACAUGGCAACGAUUCCCUCCUCUGCGCCGCUGAUGCCGCUGAUGCUGCUCUCGGUGAUGCUCCUCGUUCAGGGACACGCGGUGGACGGGGCCUCCCCACAGCAGAGGGGCGUCCACUGCAGGACCAGACCCACGGACCUGGUGUUCCUCAUCGACAGCUCCCGGAGCGUGCGCCCCAACGAGUUCGAGCAAGUCAAGGUCUUCUUGUCCCAGGUCAUCGAGUCCCUGGACGUGGGUCCGAACGCCACUCGCGUGGGCGUGGUCAACUACGCCAGUGCGGUCAAGAGCGAAUUCUCCCUCAAGACGCACCGGACAAAGGCCUCCCUCCUGCAAGCCGUGCGCCGGAUCGAGCCCCUCUCCACCGGCACCAUGACCGGCCUGGCCAUCCAGUUUGCCAUCAACAGGGCCUUCAGCGAGGGCGAAGGAGCCCGGGUGCGAGUGCCGGAGAUUAACAAGGUGGCUAUCAUCGUGACGGACGGGCGUCCCCAGGAUGCGGUGAAGGACGUCGCGGCACGGGCGAGGGCUCUUGGAAUCGAAAUCUUUGCGAUCGGCGUGGGCCGUGUGGAUAUGCACACUUUGCGGCUGAUAGCCAGCCCACCUCUGGAGGAGCACGUGGACUACGUGGAAAGCUACAGCGUCAUUGAGAAGCUGACCAAAAAAUUCCAAGAAGCCUUCUGCGCUGUCUCGGACCUGUGUGCCACUGGAGAUCACGACUGCGCACAAGUCUGUGUCAGUGCCGGGGCUUCGUACAGCUGUGCUUGCAGAGAGGGGUUCACGCUCAACAGUGACGGGAAGACCUGCAAUGCCUGCAGCGGAGGGGCUCCCACCGACCUUGUGUUCCUGAUUGACGGAUCGAAGAGCGUGAGGCCGGAGAACUUUGAGCUGGUGAAGAAGUUCAUCAACCAGAUUGUGGAUUCUCUGGACGUGUCGGACAGAAAUGCGCACGUGGGCCUGGUCCAGUAUUCUAGCUCCGUCAGGCAAGAGUUCCCCCUCGGGCAGUAUAAGGACAAGAAGGACAUCAAGGCGGCCGUGAGGAGGAUGUCCUACAUGGAGAAGGGCACCAUGACCGGGCAGGCCCUGCAGUACCUGGUGGACAGCUCCUUUGCCAUCUCCAGCGGAGCCAGGCCCGGGGUCCCCAAGGUCGCCAUUGUGUUCACCGACGGGCGGUCUCAAGAUUACAUCAAUGACUCUGCCAAGAAAGCCAAGGAACUAGGUUACAAAAUGUUUGCUGUCGGAGUAGGCAAUGCGGUCGAGGAUGAGCUUAAAGAAAUUGCCUCCGAACCGGUGGCAGAGCAUUAUUUCUACACCGCUGAUUUCAGAACCAUCAACCAAAUUGGGAAGAAACUACAAAAUAAGAUCUGUGUUGAAGAAGAUCCCUGUGAAUGCAAAGCCAUUGUGAAGUUCCAGACGAAGGUAGACAACCUCAUAAAGGCACUGACACGGAAAUUGGAAGCUGUGACAAAAAAGCUUGCGGCAUUAGAAAACAGGAUCACGGUCUGAAACACAGGACACUUUGAUUCCUUUGCCACCUAAAAUACACCGACCAGGAGACUCUGACUGUGGCAGCUCUUCUUCGGUGCUGUUACCCUUGGCUGUUCCAACCGCCGUUGUUUUGCGAGGGGGAAAUGUAUAAUAGUAGUAAUGUAACAGUAAAGCACUAGAGGUUGUGUACCAAACUAUACUGAAAAUACUUUGCAUCAUAGGAUAUGCAUAUGUUAAAUGCCCGGAGAAUGGGUUUAAAGUAAAACCUCACAUAGAGACCGAGAAUGUUUCAAUAACGUCUUUUUGUGAGUUCUAUGAAUGUUCGCUCGGUUCUUUUGCAUUUUUCCGUGUAUACCCUCAUUGUUUUUUUUAAGGAACUGAAUUGGACUCAUAUGACUUAGAAGUGAAUAUUUCUUUCCUAAGAUCAACACAAUAUAUAAUUUAUGCUAGAGCAUUUAUCAAUAAGUAGAUCAAAUAAUUAUGGAUAAUUUUGUCAAUAAGUAGAAUAAAACAAGUGCCGCGUACAGGGUAAGAGGUGCGUAUAUCUCCAAAAAUCAUGGUCAAGUUUUCUGCUCAUCAACAAGGCUCAAGUCGGGUUUUGUACAAUGAACAUACUCAUGGACUCUUGGGAUUUCAUUCCUUUUUAAAUCCGUGCCCAAUGUUAUCAGCAACCAAAUCUAAAAUGACCAAAGGCUUCGUAAACAAGACACACAGUGCAGGUCACUACCGACUAGUGAAGGAGACUCUGGUCGUCGUCCUUAGAAUGGAACCACAGAUACAUCCUUUUUUGGUCAUAGAUUAAGGCCGUCUGUAUUUAGAUUAUACUGAAGUCCUGGGUCAGCAUAGACACAAUCCAGGAUCUCCAACAUUCACAAUGAAAAUCCCCUGAUUGUGGGGAACAACCCUCAAGACGUCGUCAUACGCCGUUCGCCUUUGCUUCAUUUGGUAAGGGUUUAUAACAGACUAUUUAUACUUGCAAAUAUGUAAAGGAGUUUUUGGAAUAGCAGAAUAUUCAAAAAUUCCAUAGUAAAAUAUAUAUUUUUGUGCGUAGAAGAAAUAAAGUUCAAUAAAAAUAACAGCUAUGGCAUUUGGCUAGCAUUUACAUGAUGUGGACUGUUUAACUGAUUUAAUGACUAAUGAUUUAUGUAAGUUGGAGGAAACUGUGCAUGUGGAAAGAUUGAAUUAAUCAGUAAAAUCUCAUUGUUUGUUAGCCUUCUGCGCAUGCUUGUAAAAUGCUAUAAUUGGAGGACCACCCCAACAGGAACGCGUGGCAGUUUAUUCUCUGUCGCAGCUGGACUGUCACCUGCUCUUGGCCAAUAGUAAACUAUCUUGAAAUCA